GUCCCUCGCUUGCCAGAGUCCCAACUCUGGCCAGCCCUAGGCCCACUCAAGCGAGUCCCGCCCCCUCUCUGGUCUGUCCUGAAGGCAGGGGAAAGUCCCCCGCCGCCAGCUUCUCUUCCACCCCUUCUCCGCCCCAGGGUCUCCCUCUUACUACCCAUUCCACUCGCUCUGAUCCCUCUCCGUCCCCUCCUCACGGUCGAGCCUUCUCAGGGGAACCCCACCACUGGAUACCUCCUUUCCCAUUCUCCCACCCCUCUCCCCCCAACCCCGGACUUCCCCUGGGCUCUCGCUAUAAGCCCCGCCCUCUCGCCGAGGGACAGCCCCCGUUCCUGUCUCAGCGAUCCCGCUCACCUUAGCCCCUCCCUCGGACAACCCCUGGGCUUAUGACCCAGCGGGCACCGCCUCUCCUGGUGGCUAAUGGCUGGGAAUGGCUGAGGGGCUACCUACUGUUUGCGGCCUGCCAGGGGGAGGGGGAAGGAAAAAAGGAAAGGGGGCGGGGUUGACGGGGGCGGGGUUGACGGGGGUGGGCCUGGACCUGGGGAGUGAAAGCGAAAGCCUGGGCGGCUAGCUGAGAGACCAGAGGUCUGGCAACUGGAGCAGCAUGGCCAAGACUUGUGGAGUGCGCCUGAGUGGGGAGGCCCGCAAACAGGUGGAUGUCUUCAGGCAAAAUCUUUUCCAGGAGGCUGAGGAAUUCCUGUACAGAUUCUUGCCACAGAAAAUCAUAUACCUGAAUCAGCUCUUGCAGGAGGACUCCCUCAAUGUGGCUGACCUGUCCUCCCUCCGGGCCCCACUGGACAUCCCCAUCCCAGACCCCCCACCAAAAGAUGAUGAGAUGGAAACAGAUAAGCAGGAGAAGAAAGAAGUCCCUAAGUGUGGAUUUCUCCCUGGGAAUGAGAAAGUCCUGUCCCUGCUUGCCCUGGUUAAGCCAGAAGUCUGGACUCUCAAAGAGAAGUGCAUUCUGGUGAUCACAUGGAUCCAGCACCUGAUCCCCAAGAUUGAGGAUGGAAAUGAUUUUGGGGUAGCAAUCCAGGAGAAGGUGCUGGAGAGGGUGAAUGCAGUUAAGACCAAAGUGGAAGCUUUCCAGACAACCAUUUCCAAGUACUUCUCAGAACGUGGGGAUGCUGUGGCCAAGGCCUCCAAGGAGACCCAUGUAAUGGAUUACCGGGCCUUGGUGCACGAGCGAGAUGAGGCAGCCUAUGGGGAGCUCAGGGCCAUGGUGCUGGACCUGAGGGCGUUCUAUGCUGAGCUUUAUCAUAUCAUCAGCAGCAACCUGGAGAAAAUUGUCAAUCCAAAGGGCGAAGAGAAGCCAUCUAUGUACUGAGCCCGCAGCUAGAAGGAAAAUAAAUGACCUGUACUUUGGAUUA